UGAAAAACCAAGAACUUCUGUCUUUGCCACUUCCUAUACAUAUCUGAUCUCCAAUUGAAUUUUUUAUGAAAUAAAUACAUUGACUCUUCUACCUGAAAAGGUUAUUUACCCACAGUAUUUUCUCUUUGACGAAUUUUGGAAUAAGUUUGUUCAAAACUUUCUCCUCAAUAAUGAACAGGUUGAGAAUCAAUCUCUAAUUGUUUACACGGGAAUCGGUCCUUCCUCUAUCUUGUGUGGUGUUUGCUGUACCAAACAGAUACUGCUUGCCCUAAUCGAAAUAAUCAACAUAAUAAUGCAGAGAGCCGAAAAAAAGAAGCAAAAAUGUAACUAUAGGAAAACUGUCACGGCAACACCAAUUGCAUUGGCAAGACAAAGAUAUAAUCGUAGCUCUUUAGGAUUUACCUUACGGUUCUCUCACUGCAGUUGAUCUUUUGUCAUUCAGCCCUCAUCCAUACCUGUUCUUCAAUCAAGACCACAUCACUAUGACGUUUCUUGGUUUCUAUAUUGAUUCCUCUGGCGACCUCGUUGACCCUCGAACAGGGCAAAUUUUGGAGAAAGGCCUGAUGUCAAAACCGCUGCGUGAUGGAUUGGAAGCCCAACGAGUUGAUUUUACAACAAACACGGAGAAUUUGAAAAAGGAGGAAAAGAUAAGUCGGUUGUGUUCUGUUAUGGGUGUUCAGUGGUUACACGAUCCCGACCGAACCUAUGAACUGACUACAGACAAUGUUAAGAAGAUUCUGGCAAUUCACAUGAGAUUUAGGUGCAAUAUUCCUGUUAUCGUGAUGGGAGAGACUGGCUGUGGUAAGACUCGUUUAAUCCGGUACAUGUGCGGCUUACAAACGGGCCCUAAAGGUCCACGAAACCUGUUACUCGUAAAGGUUCAUGGCGGUACAACAUACGAAGAUAUCAAGCUGAAAGUAACCCAAGCGGAAGAGAUGGCUCGUCAAAACCAAGGAAAGAACAUUGACACGGUUCUGUUCUUCGAUGAGGCCAACACCACAGAGGCACUGAGCAUGAUUAAGGAGGUAAUGGUGGACCGCAGAAUCAAUGGAAGACCUAUUGGACAGGGUCUGGAAAGACUGCAGUUUAUCGCUGCCUGUAAUCCUUACAGAAGGCAUACAGACGACAUGAUUCAUAAGUUGGAGUCAGCAGGUCUCGGAUACCAUGUGAAAACAGAUGAGUCAGAAGAUCGUCUUGGACUUAUCCCAUUACGCCAUCUCGUGUACCGUGUUCACGCCUUGCCAGGAAGCAUGCGCCCCUUGAUAUGGGAUUUUGGUCGGCUGAAACCCGACGUAGAGAGACUUUACACCAAUCAAAUUGUCAGCCGCCAUAUUCUAGAUGAACGUCAAAUACCUGGGGAUGCGUCAACGGUGCAAGCAGUCGCGGAAGUUUUAGCAGCUUCACAGAAAUACAUGAGAGAUCAGUCGGACGAGUGUAGCUUUGUGAGCCUUCGUGAUGUUGAGAGAGCCAUGCAAGUGAUGGUUUGGUUUUAUAACCACGUGGACACACUUAGCAGACUGAUGAACAAAGUUCUCACUGAACAACGAAGGGAGGAAGAUCGUGACGAUGAUGAAGAUGAUUAUGACGACAAGCUGAUUGAUCCCAUUACUCGUGCCUUGGUACUGGCCAUUGGUGUAUGCUACCACGCAAAGUUGCAGGAACGUCGUGGGGAAUACCGUACUGUAGUAGCACGAAGCUUUAAAACGCCGUGUUUGCUUAGUGGUGGACAAAGGCAGAUCCUCCGUGAAAUUUCAAGCUGUCAGAGAGCUGUGCUAAAGGAAUUGGAACUUGGCCCAAACAUUGCAAGGAACGCAGCCUUGAGUGAGAACGUGUUCAUGAUGGUGGUGUGUAUUGAGCUCAGAAUCCCACUGUUCGUGGUUGGUAAACCGGGCAGCUCAAAGUCCUUGGCCAAGACUGUUGUAGUCGACAAUAUGCAGGGAGAUGCUGCAAGAUCGGAGCUCUUUAAAACUUUCAAGCAGGUCCACAUGGUGUCGUAUCAGUGCAGUCCUCUUUCAACCCCAGAGGGUAUCGUGGCUACUUUCCGUCAGUGUAGCAAAUUGCAGGAGGGUAAAAAUCCAGAGAAGUUUGUAUCAGUUGUCGUCCUUGAUGAGGUUGGGCUGGCAGAGGACUCUCCUCUUAUGCCUUUGAAAACCCUACAUCCUCUUCUUGAGGAUAAUGUCACUUCUGCAGAUGACGUCAUUGAGACUGAUGAAAAAGCCCAGCGUGUAGCUUUCAUUGGGAUCUCAAAUUGGGCCCUAGACCCCGCUAAGAUGAACCGCGGCAUCAUGUUAUCGCGUGGUGUGCCAGACGUAGGAGAACUGGUAGACAGCGCAUUGGGAAUUUGUUCAACAGACGAUUUGGUGAAAAAUCGUAUUCAACCUCUAAUAUCCCCAUUGGCCGAGGGAUAUGCAGAACUUUACAAGGAACAGAAAAACUUUGGCACGUUGAAGAAAUGUGGCAAGGAAGAAUUUUUCGGUCUUCGUGACUUUUACAGCCUUAUCAAAAUGGUGUACUCUAUCGUUGCCAAAUCUGGCGAAAGACCUCGUUGGCACCAACUGGAACACGCUAUCAAGAGGAACUUUGGUGGCCUAGUUGAAGGAGAGCCUGUAGAGAUAUUCAAACGCCACUAUCGGGGACCAGAUGAGGAAGAUUUUGCAGAAACCUCUACAACAAUAAGAUUAAUCGAGGCAAGUCUUGGAAGGGAAGAUGUUGCAGACCGCAGCAAUUUCAGCGAGAACCGUUACCUUUUGAUACUGACGGAAAAUUACGCCGCAUUGCCAAUCAUACAACAACAUCUCUUGAAGACGGCAGAUGAUGCGGUGGUCAUCCUUGGAAGUAGUUUUCCUAAUGACCAGGAAUACACUCAGAUUUGUCGCAACAUUAACCGUAUCAAGGUUUGCAUGGAGACAGGACGAAUAGUGAUUUUGUUGAACCUCGAAAGUCUCUACGAAAGUCUGUACGACGCGCUCAAUCAGUAUUACGUGUACUUUGGAGGACAGAAGUACGUGGAUCUUGGACUCGGUACUCACCGUGUCAAAUGUCGUGUCCAUGAUGACUUCAAGUUAAUAGUAAUUGCUGAAAAGGACGUGGUUUACAACAAGUUUCCCAUUCCGCUGAUAAACCGUCUGGAGAAGCACUACCUCGUGACUUUAACGUGUUUGACUCCAGAUCAGAUGGAACUGGUAGAUAAACUGAGAACCUGGGUCAGUGACUUUUCAGAGGUCACGAGGGAAAGCAAGCGUAACAGGGAUUUCUCAGUUGGGGACGCUUUUGUUGGCUAUCACGAGGACACCAUUCCUUCUAUCGUGAUGCAAGUCUGCAAUGACAUGGAAGAAGACGGUGAUUUGCAUAAUGAAACCACAGAGGAUACAUGGGAAAUGAAAGUGCUUCGAGGUUGUCAAAAGAUGCUUCUGGAGAUGGCUGCACCUGAUGCAAUCGCCCGUCUUCCAGCCACUCCCUUAGAAGGAAUAGCUCGCAAUAUCUGGAACGUUUACUUUCACGAGCAACAACAUUCUAGUUUGGCGGCCUUCAUGAGGCAUGUGCUCACUUUGGAUGAUGCUCACAUUGAUAAGAAACGUCGAGAAGGGCUCUUAAUCCAAAUUACCACUCAUUCUCGUCUGCUUUCUAACCACGAUCUGGUUGACAUUUGUAACCGAACUAAUUUCCAUCGUUGGACUGUGGAUUUCAUGGCACUUCAACAGUUCCAAACGGAGCAACAGUUCCGAGGAUCAAUAAGAGCCUUUUUUGAACGCCUUGGAGGAGACUGUCCUGGUAUUCUCCUGGUUCAGAGUGAUUCAGGAGAUGACAACUUCAACCUGAUUGCCGGCGCAAGGCAUAUUCUGCUGGAAGAACGGACUAACGCGCCAGAAAUGCUCAAUCUGCCAUCAAUCGAAGCAGUCCAUAUCGUCUUGGUCAUACAGCUGCCGAGAAUGGUCGGUGGUUGCCGUAACUUUGUCGGUUUCCAGGGUGGAAAGUGGAUGUCUAGCCACAUUGACGAACUCAGGCACACUCCUUCUAUCGAGCAACUUAUUGAUCGCCCAAUUAGCGAACUGUUCAGAAGCGGAAAUAAAGAUCAAGACAAAGGGGUUGAGGUCACGCAAGCCUUGGCUGUGAAGAUCUUGCGAGAUUGCGUACAAGCAGCUGCGUGCAGAGUUGACAACGAAACGGAAUCAACCGAACGAUCAACUCAACGAAUUGAGCUUCUUUUGGAUUUGCUACCUGACAAUUCUCACGUCGCUGGAGCUGAAGAGACAUUUGCAAGCGUUGUGACACAAAGAACGUUUCACUUACUGAAAGAAAGAGAGAGAAUAGCAUACAACGCACACGAGUGGCUCCACGCAGAAGCUUUAUCCGGGACAGGUGUGCAAGAAUGGGGCACCUUCAGAAAGGCUCUUUUGAAAAGAGUUUACUCUGCUGUCGUACCUAUUCUGGCUGAGAUCAUCGCAUUUGCAGACAGGGACGGCAACCUGGACUUGAUGAGAAAUGACGACACUUGGGUUUCUAAGCUGUGGUUGAAGAUAAUGGCUGACCCAAAAAUUUCAGAGCUAAGUUAUAGUAAGAUGAUUUCGCCAGUUACUAAUUCGGUUCGUGAGCGAGUGCAAGUUCUUGGCUCUGGUGCUGGCGGCCACAAGUUCUUGUGCCAACUUCCAUUUUCGUUCCUUAUCAAGCAAGGCGUGGAACAGUUGUUGAAAGACGCGUUUGGCGUUUCAGGUACAAAUCCAGUUUUUUAUAUAAUCAGUUCUACACAAUGA